AUAAGACCAAUGUCCUUUUUUAAAAUCUGGCAACAUUGCAUUGGUUCAAAGGUCAAGGACGCUAGUGUCAAUCGGUUAAAUGUCACUGUAAGUAAACAAAAGUUUUAUGAAUUAUUAUUUAAAACGGAAAAGGAUAACAAUAAUCAAACUAUAUACAAGAUGUGAAUGAAAAUAAAGAAAAAGAUCACUACGAUUCAAGAGAAACUCGAAAAUGACCAGAAAAUUAAUAUAUAUAAUAGUUAUCGCCUUAUUGACAAUAUUAAUUUGGAUUUACCGUAGUUCAAAUUUCGAAUUUAGCAACACAGUUCUCGUGUUAACAAAAAAUAAUGUUAUUAAAGACACUUUGAUUCAACCCCAUAAUUUAACUUGCAACCAAUCACCAUUCAUUGUGAUAAUUGUCACAUCCUAUGUAGGGCAUGUUGAGUUAAGGAGUGCCCACAGGAGGGCAAUGCCCUCCACAUACCUUUCUAAGCUAAAUAUUAUAAGGGUAUUUCUAUUGGCAAGGAUACCUGAAAAUGAGAAAUAUAUAACACAAGAUGCCAUCAGGGAUGAAAGUAAAAUAUUUGGUGAUAUACUGCAAGGCUCUUUCUAUGAGAACUACAGAAAUCUUACUUACAAGCAUCUCAUGGGUUUAAAAUGGGCAUCCUCGGUAUGCCAAAAUGCUUCCUAUAUACUGAAAAUUGAUGAUGAUACUGUAUUCAACAUAAUUAAAACUUAUGAUUUCUUAAAAGGCAUACCAAUGGCAGACAGCAAUGACUUUCUCAUGGGAUACAUUUUAAAUAAUACAAAACCAAGAAGGAUUCAGCAAAACAAGUGGUAUGUUACAUGGGAGGAAUAUUCUAGGAAUGAAUAUCCUGCCUAUUUAUCUGGUUGGUACUACAUAAUUAGUCCAAAAAUUGCAGCUAUGAUAUCUGCUGAAGCAAUCUAUCAUCCAUUCUUUUGGAUAGAUGACAUCUUUGUAACUGGACUGCUUGUCGAGUCACUUGGACUAAAGCUAAAACAAUUACCAAAAGAUUACUGGCUUGAAUAUUAUGAGCUUCUAGAAUGUUGCAUACGUGAUAUGAUUAAAAAAUCAAUAAAAUGUGAUUAUAUUGUUGGGCCAAAUGGUGGGAGAAGUAAUUUGAUUGUAGAAUUUAAUGAAGCUUUUGCAAACUGUCAAAAAUGGAGCAACUGUACAACAAGGCCAAAAGACCAUGAUUUGAAAAAGGAAUGUGUGAUGUUUAGAGACAGAACAAUAUUCAGUGAUGGACAAGCUGAAGUUCAUCAUAUUAACUUAUAGUUUAAUUAUUAUUUAAAACAAAACAAUUUUGUAAAAAAAAUUACAUUUAUCAUUUACAAUUAAUUAACUAUUUAUAUGACACUUACUAAGCAUAAUCAGUUUCAAAAUCAAAUUGAAUUACAUAGGAAAAGAUUCUUAAAAAAAAAAAUUAGAUGU